AUGACUUCCUUGCUUGAAGAGAGAAUUCGGAAGGUGAUCCUCAGAAUGAGUGGGCACAAUAACUGUGUGGAGUGGCAGGAAACCCUCAAAUCUUGGACGGACGACGAGAUCGUCAAAGAGAUGAUGAAAUGGACCAUGCCAGCAGUGAAGGUAUUGAUGAACAGAGAAGAGCCCCCGACCUUCAAAGACUUGAAGGAUAUCCCAUGGGUGUCAACUAGACAGCUUGGAGUUUAUUUAAAGCUUAUCUUCGAGAGUCUCGAGAACCCUACGGCAUUCGACCACUUCGUUUAUCCCGGGAGUGCCAUUAGGUGGGAUGUUGGUGGGCUUAACCACCACCGCCGGGGGCAUGAGAGCAAGCCAGGGCCAAGACGCCAGCAGAAGUUCGGUACGCUCUUCAAAGUGGAGAUGGACUGCCACUUCCCCUCCAUCAAGAAAGAGGAGAGUGUAAGACAUCUGUGCCUUUUCGCCAUGGCUAUGUAUACCUACAUCUUCGGGGCCUUUAGGAACCCUGAUGAGAACCAGGUGUUAGCAUGA